AGACUUGAAGAAGAAGGCAUUUGAAUCGCUGAGAGACUCCAAGCAAAGAUAAACUCUCAUUCUUUGCCCCGCAGUGAAGCAGCGAUCCAAGCCCUAGGGUUUCCAUCGAUCCCGAUCUUCUCCUCUGAGACUCCAGCAAUCGAUCUCCAGCUCCCUCUAAUGGAGCUCUUGCGAGCGCAUCUCUCUAGGGUUCGGAUCCCAGAACCCACCAAUCGCGUCUACAAGAACGAGUGCUGCAUCUCGUUCGAGACCCCGAGAUCGGAAGGGGGAUUGUUUGUGGAUUUGAGCUCGUUUCUGGCAUUCGGGAAGGAGUAUGUGAUGUGGAACUAUGAGAAGACUGGGAACCCAGUGUAUCUGCACAUUCAGCAGCGGAAGAAGCCUGUGUCGGAGGAUCGGCCUCUCAAGAAACCUACCCUUCUUGCCAUUGGUGUGGAAGGGGGCUUUGAUGGCCAGGAACCUGAAUAUGAAGAGACUUAUAAUAUCAUAAUAUUACCUGAUUACAUCUCUCUUCCAUUUCCCUCUGUGGAGUUGCCAGAGAAGGUGAGAUUUGCAGUUGAUGCCAUCUUACUGGCUGAGGGUGCUGAACGCAAACAGCAAUUAGCAGCUUGGACAGCUGAGAAAAAGAAAACCAGUGCUUAUGCUCUAGAUCUGCCACAGAUCAACAAUGGUGUUAUUAUACCCCCAUCAGGAUGGAAAUGCUGCAAAUGUGAUAAGACUGAUAAUCUCUGGCUCAAUCUAACUGAUGGAAUGAUCUUAUGUGGGAGAAGUAAUUGGGAUGGAACGGGUGGUAAUAAUCAUGCAAUUGAACAUUACCUAGAGAAAAAUUAUCCUCUGGCUGUAAAACUUGGAACUAUUACUGCUGAUUUGGAAGCGGCAGAUGUUUUCUCUUAUCCGGAGGAUGAUAGUGUCGAGGAUCCUUUAUUAGCUCAACAUUUGGCAUUUUUUGGAAUUGACUUUUCAUCAUUGCAAAAGACUGAAAUGACAACUGCUGAAAGGGAACUCGACCAGAAUACCAACUUUGAUUGGAAUAGGAUACAGGAAAGCGGCAAGGAUAUGGUACUACUUUUUGGACCUGGUUACACUGGACUUGACAAUCUUGGGAAUAGCUGCUAUAUGGCAUCAGUCAUGCAAGUAGUGUUCUCAACACAUUCAUUCAUUUCGAGAUAUUACAGAGAAAAUAGUUUAAAAGCAGCAUUUGAUUUGGCUCCAGCAGAUCCAACUUUGGACUUGAACACACAGUUGACUAAACUUGGACAUGGAUUACUGUCUGGUAAAUAUUCCGUCCCAGCUGUAGAGGUGGAUGUCAAAGGAAACUGCUCAGACGAUACCUUAAAUGUUAAGCAAGUAGGAAUCUCUCCUCGUAUGUUUAAGUCAGUCAUUGCUGCUAGUCAUCCGGAAUUUUCAAGUAUGAGGCAACAGGAUGCGUUGGAAUUCUUCUUGCAUUUUCUUGACCAAGUCGAGCAAGCUAAUGCUGGAAGAAGUGAUUACGAUCCUUCAAGAUGUUUCAAAUUCUUUAUUGAGGAGCGUCUUGAGUGCCCUUCCGGAAAAGUUGCUUAUAAUAAAAGAGCUGAUUACAUUCUUUCUUUGAAUAUACCGCUUCAUGAAGCUAUUAAUAAAGAACAACUUGAUGCAUUUAACAAGUUGAAAAAUGAUAAAAUGCUGGAAGGACAGGAAAUUGGUAGUGAGGAAAUUGUGCGGCCAAGAGUGCCAUUGGAGGCAUGCCUAGCAACCUUUUCAGCCCCGGAGGAGGUGCAUGGUUUUUACAGCACUGCAUUAAAAGGGAAGACAACUGCGAUCAAGACUGCUGGGUUAACUACUUUUCCUGAUUACUUGGUUCUACAUAUGCGUAAGUUUGUGAUGGAGGAAGGAUGGGUGCCAAAAAAGCUUGAUGUGUAUAUCGAUGUCCCUGAUGUAAUUGAUAUCACAAAUAUGCGCAGCAAAGGCUUGCAAUCAGGAGAAGAACUACUACCUGACACUGCAGCUGCUGAGACUAGCGAGACUACAAUCUUCACUGCAAAUGAGGAUAUUGUUUCCAAGCUUGUAGACAUGGGAUUCAAUUCUCUGCAUUGCAAAAAAGCUGCGAUCAAUACCUCGAAUGCUGGAGUUGAGGAAGCCAUGACUUGGUUGCUAUCUCACAUUGAUGAUCCAGAUAUUAAUGAUCCCAUCUCACAUGAAUCCCUGGAUGCUGAUUUUCCAUCUGUUGAUGAAUCUAGUGUGGAUACAUUGAUUUCAUUUGGGUUUCAAGAGCAUGUUGCUCGAAAAGCAUUGAAGAUCUCAGGUGGAAAUAUUGAGAAAGCCACAGACUGGAUAUUUACCCACCCAGAAGAGAUGGACCCGGCUCCAACAGAAGCUACAUCAAGCACACCAAUGGCUGUCGAUCCAGGAGUACCUGACGGAAGUGGCAGAUACAAGCUCAUGGCAAUUGUUAGUCACAUGGGCACUUCCACUCAUUGUGGCCAUUAUGUUGCCCAUGUGUUGAAAGAUGGAAGAUGGGCAAUCUUCAAUGACAGGAAAGUUGCAGUAUCCCUCAACCCACCGAAGGACAUGGGCUACCUUUACUUCUUUGAGAGGAUAAGCAGCUAAAACACGGACAUGGUAUGGUGGUAUAGCAGAAGACUAAGACAGCAAUGAUCUUUCCAUAGCGACAAAGAGGAUGGACACUCGCCUCAACUAAUGAGAAACGGUACUCAGUUCUUUUUUUUCCAAUGUUUCAAGAAAAUUUACAUGAUGGUUCUGUAAUGUCAUUUGAAUUGAUGAAAACAUUCUUUGACCAUUAAAAAGUAGUUUCUACAGUCAGGUUUCUGUUAUUGUAUUUUUGUUUCACUGAAGCGUUAGCUGAUUGCUUUGCAAUUAACAGUUGUGAUUCAGUUUACAGAGGACUUGAAUGGGCUGUAUGCGUAAUGGCAUAUAACAUUACUUGAGUUUUAUUUUGAUGUUUUGUCCAUUGUAACUGCUGCUAUUCGCUAGUUACUGACUUAUGCUGUA